AUUAUCAAUUAUUAAAAGUUAUAAUUGAUAAUCUCUAAAUUUUCAAUUGUAAAUAUAAAAGCCAUCUUAUCUAAAAUUUGUAGCUUAUAAGUAUAAGAAGUAUAUAUAAAGAAAAUGAAACUCAAUUAAAUGUAGUAUUUUCAAUUGAAAACAAAAUAAGAUUUAAAAAUUUUCAUCAAUUAUUUAAAAUAAAUUUUCGAUGCGUUGAAUAUUUUUCAUAUUUAAAGUUAGUUACAAAAAUUAAACAAUAUUAUCAUAUUUUAUGGAUUGAAGAAACUUAGAAUAAUAAAAAGACAAUUUUUAUUUUCUUUCUUUUCAGAAAAAUAUACAGAUACGGAGUUGAUUUUUAUUGAGUGGAAGAUACGAACUCCCUGAAGUGGAAAAAAAAGAGAUCAGAAAUAGAAUUUUCCUGAAAGGAUAAAAAAGCCAAAGUACCAAGAAUAAUUAAUUCAAUUCAAUUAAUUGAAAUAGUCGAUUCAACCAAAGUAUAUUGAAAAAUUUUAUCAUUCUUUAAUCAUAAUGAAUAAAAUUACCAUUCUUGGAAUUAUCAUUACAAUUAUAUUUGUCGUGAAAUUAGUAUCAACAGAAAUAUCUCCAAGUGAGCGAAUCAAUGAAUAUGAGACAUUAAAAGCUCUGAGACAAAAGGUAAUAAAAGAAUAUCUUACAAAUUAUGACCUAGCAACCGCUUACGAAACUUUAAGUCACUACAUUCUGAACGAGAGUGAAAUGUAUGCAUUUGCUGAACAUUUGAACAGAACUGGUAAUAUUCCAGAAUGGAGUAUCAAAAGACAAUUGAAGAAUCCAACAUUUUUUGAGAUAUUACGAUAUGCUCCUUUUCUGGGAAAAUUAACUGAUUACGUUCAUACACGUAGAUAUAACAUUGACCUUUAUUCAAAUAGGUUGAAUUAUUUUCUUAAAUUUCCCAUCAAUAAAUUACUCAAGAGUUAUAUGAAAAAAGAUAUUAAGGAUAUAAUAGUGUUUGAAGAUUUUGUAGCUAUUAUAGUUUUUCUGCAAGAUGAAUCGCAAAUUAAUUUCAACAAUCCCGCAGCUUGGAGCAUGAUAAGAGCAUUAUACAGUUUGGCUAUUCGACAAUAUAGUUCAAAUUCGAUUUUAAAUUAUAAACCAGAAAAGUGUUUUUUCAAGAGAAAAGAAACAAAGAGUUACGGUGAUAAUAUUAAGAUUAACGAUAUUUUCAAAAAAGUAACCUUCAGCAUUUGCAAAAGCAAUUACACAGAAUCAUAUUCAUAUUAUUCAUUGCUCAAAAAUAAUUCUUUGUCUUAUUUAAUGACAUACGAAACAAUAAUUACAGAUCCUCUCGUAAGAGUAAGUUUGGAAGAUAUUUUGGAGAAUAGGGACGGAAAAGUUGAUGUAUUAUUGCCUAAAGUAGAACUUUCAGUAAUAAGUAGUCCAAAAAUAAAAAAAAGUAUUCGUGAAAGCACUGUAUUUGUGACAUUAGCAUGUUCCCCUAUUUAUGAAAGAUCGAACUGGCUAACUGCAAUGGCAAAUGAAAUUGAAAAGUACAAGCAGAAAGAAAGAGAAUAUUUCCAUAACCUAAACCUUAAAAAUUAACUAAUUGUUUCAAGAUUUUUUGAAUUAAUUAUUUUAGUUCUAUGGAGAAAUCUGUUGCAAUUUCCAUUCUUUGUAUUUGAUGCGAAAAUUAUUUAUUUUAAAUAAAGUAAUUUAACA